AUGGAAUUUCUUUCUCAACUCUAUAAUGAUGAUGCCUAUCGGGACUACUUGGAUGCCAAUCCGUCUUUUUCUCUUGCGGUACUCGGUAGAAAAAAUCUUCGGAUUGCUGAGGGUUUAUCGUAUUUCUUUGAUUCUCGCGUGCGUUUUCGGAUUAACUACUUUUCGGAUGUAAAAGCUUUUUUAAAUAAAGGCGUGAAUGUUAGCUUAGGUGCUGAAAUUUCGGGUAUACUGAAGAGCAAUUGGUGUUCAAAGCAUCUCCGAUUAAGAUGUAGCUGUGUUCUUGUUUGUUUGGACUGGGAUCAGCUGGGAGAAACGGCGAUAGAUGAAGUUUGGUUAUCUGGCGUUUGUAGCCAGUUAAAGGAAUAUACGCGUAGUUUCCGUAGCAAAGUUAUUAUCGCCCUGGUCACUGAAAAUACGAUGAGAACAAGUGCGAACUCUACCGCGCAGAUUGAAAAACUGCAAUAUGAUUUGAAGAUGUUUUUUGGUAGUGAUUUUAAGAAUUUUUUGCCCCUGUAUGAAUCGGGAAUGGGGAAGGAGAGUGCAGAAAAACUGUUUCAAAUGGCAGUGGGGUUAGCUACAAAGUACCAUAAAGAUGAAAUGUCGCGUCUAAAAAAUUCUAAACUUGAGCCGAGUUACCCUUUGGUGAGACGUGGUUUCAAACUCGGUUGGCAUUGUCUUGUUUUGAAUGAUACAAAAAACGCCCAAAAACACUUUGAAAAUGCUUAUAGAACGCUAAGAAAGAUUGCUCCGUUCUGGCCAGCGAUGGAGCUGCGUAUCUGUGGUACCAUUCUUCUUUUUCGUGUAUUACACAUUGUUGCUUUGGAAUCGGCUAUUUCUUCCGAUGAUAUGUAUUGUCGACUUUGUGAGGACCAUAUUAUGUGGAUUGGAAGGGCUAUUCCUUGCGGUUCACCUGAAUUUAAGCCUAUGGCUGGGUUUCUUCGACUCAUACUUGUAGGGGAAUGUUAUGAAUGGUUGUUAAGAAAUUGUCGUUAUGUGGCUGAUGAGACUCGACGAGAUUAUCUUUUUGCAGCAAUGGGGGCAUUUGAGGAAGCUAUUAAACUAAACCAGCCAUCUGGUUCCUCGAAAAGACACACUGUAGCUCCCGUUUUUGUUGGUACAGAAUGUCACCUGGAAUCACACAAUUGCAUCUUCUAUAGUAAUAAUUCUAUGAGAACUUUAUCAGUACGUGUGAAGGAUUUACUGAGUGAAAUUGAAUCACACAACAGUUUGUCUCUUGACGCGUUUUAUAUUUCUGUUGGGGUUCAUGCUAGCUUUCAUGCAUGGGAACAGGUAUUCGUUUGUUUGGAGAGGUUUGGAAGACUACGUAUUGGAACAUACAAGGAAGCUGAGGCGGUACAUAAAAUUUGGAUGUGUGCCAUGCAAUCUACUGGCGGUAAUCUCAAAGAGAAUAUUCGGGAAGAUGUUCUUUUCUCAUAUGUGUCGCUUUGCUUUGGGCCCGCUGUAGGGAUGGAACAAAAGAAUUAUAUGAAGCAAUUUACGGAAUUGAUGAAACAAAACAAAUUGAAUCAUUUUAGCCUGUCAUAUCCAAGAAGAGGUCAUUUUGCACCAUUCACAAUCUUAUGUAGAUUUCAAGAUGAACAUCAUGUUUGUGCGACUAAGACCGAAAUACAAUUUUCACUUUUUACUGCCUCAAUCGAAAUGAUUAUUGUGGAUUCGCUGUAUGUUGUGGUUUCUUGGUUAUCCAGUGAUGGGGUGGAGGAUUUAAGUAUGUAUUUGGUCUCAGAUAAAGGUCUAAAACUGAGUUCAAAUACACCUUCUUCUGCUUCUCUCACUUUGGCUCUUGAUAAACCGGGAACUUACCAUUGUAAGAGUGUCCGAGGGCGUGUAAAUUGUGCUGGUAUACAAAUAAAUGUUGAGUGGAGGCUUGAGAAAUCACUGGGUGGAAACCCCUUUUUACGAGGGACGGAAAUGCUUGGAAGUAUUUCUGGGCUACUGUAUCAUAAGCCGUGGAUUUCCAUAGUCCGACCGGUGUGUGGAGUCGAUAUCGAGGUCCCGAGGAACAUUGCAGGAAUUGAAGGAGAGGAAGUAAAUUUUGAUAUUGUGGUAAAUUCGAAGCAGGAUUUAACUGGAAAUGGUACUCUUGUAAUACACGAUGUCCCCAGUUUGUACGAAUUUGUUUGGGAUGCAUGUCAAGAGAAAAAAAUGAAAAUGGGUGAGGGUCUUAGAAAGGGAUAUCGCACUGUCAUUUUGGAUAAUAUUGCCUUUAUUUCUUGUGAUCAUCCGUUAUAUGUCACACUGAAUUACCGUUGUCUUCGGGCUGGAAAAUACAUGGUUCCUAUUUUGUUUUAUUACAAAUCAGGAAAUUAUUCAGACGUGGAGAUACUAAAAAGAAUUCAGCUGAAUGUUUUUUAUCCCUUCUCCACAACCUAUACUUUUUUGAAGGUCUUGCCGUGGAUGGUGACACCAAUUAAGGGUGAUGUGAUUGUGGGAUCCGAAACCACUCUCCGUGUGCCAGAAUUCUCUCGGGUAUCCAUACAACAUGAAAGGUUUACUUUGGUUCAUCCACGUUAUAGUACGAGAGACGAUGUUCCAACGAUUCAAAGUAACCGAGAUUCUCUUGUAUAUAUUGCUCACACAGAAAGAGAAGAUCAUUCCGAUAACUUUGCUUCUUCAAAGGGGGAAGAAAUUAUUCUUUUGGCCUCUAUGGAAUGCCGUGCACCUCAAGGAUUGAUGGUGAAAAAUUUGGAUGUUGUUUGCACUCAGGAUGCUUCACUUUCGUCGGUGGUAGUUAGCUUGCUUCCUUGUCACGUUGAGCAUUUGGAAGUCUUGACGUUGAGCAUUAAAUUUCGUCUUUUGAAUGCAGGAAAAUUUUCUUUGGGCUUUAUUCGAAUGAUUUUGGCCCCAGGAAACGGAGCACAACAUAUUAUCUCUGAUUUUCCCCUACCUGAAGUGAAAGUGGAAGAUACCCCGUUUGUGUUGUCUCUGAGGGGUCCUUCAAUUGCCAUUAUUGGUUCCCCAAUUUUGAUUUCCUUUGAUAUCACCAACAAGACAGAGAAUUUUCAAAACUGUGAGUUAUUGAUGGAAAAAAACAACGGUUGCUUUUUAAUGAACGGGAGAACUCAGUGGAGUUUCUGCCUGGCCCCUAAUACUUUCAAGUCAACCGAAAUUAUUUUGCAACCACUUUGUAUUGGCACAAUUAAGUUACCAUCUGUUUAUUUAAGACAUUCUACAGGCUUGGCAUCAGGCACAUGUGCCGUAUGUGUAAGUGAUUCACAAAGGAUCUGUGUCUUGCCCUCCUGA